AAGUAUAGAUGCUUUUCUGUUCCUCGUCCAAUCUAAUUGAAAAGAAAAAAAGAAAAAUCCCAUCCUUGGUAUUACCGCAAAAGAAGUAAAAUAAUCUGAUUUAUGCUAUAGGUUCAUCGCCGCCUCUAUUGACUAUAGGGAGAAUUUCAGAUACAAGAGAAAACAGAGAAAUAAUGGCAGGCCGCGGUGGAAAACGCCUGGAAAGGAAGAAGGAUAAUUGGCCUCAAGAUCUCCUCCUUUCAAUCUUAGCUACCCUUCCUGCCAAGUCUUUGUUCCGAUUCAAAUCGGCAUCCAAACACUGGCGAUCACUGAUCACCAACCCUGAUUUCAUCGAACAACACCUCGAAAACCAGCAGAAGAAAGAGUACCCUCAACUUAUAUUUGCCUCUACAGAAUCUAAAACCGACCUAGUUUUAGAAUCUGUGGCGAUCGUCGAUGUUGAAGUUAGAGAAGCAGACGGAGCAAAAACCAGGAAAGGUUUCAAACGAACUUCUUUGAAUAUCUGUCAUCUUCCAACUGAUGUUUACCACAUGUCUAAUUCUUGUGAUGGAAUUCUUUGUUUCUUUGGGAAAACUAACGUCUUUGUUUACAAUCCUGGAACUAGAGAGUUUCGGAUUCUUCAGAUUGGAAGGGAGGGAUCUUCCCUUGUUACUUCCUACCCUUUUGAUUGCUUUGGGCAAUUAUUCUCUAGGUAUCACUUAGUUGGGUUUGGUCGUGAUCAAGUUACUAAAGAACGCAAAAUUAUACGAUUGUUUAGACCUAAAGGAGAAUUCGAAGAUCAAAUUCAUGAGUGUGAGGUUUUUACAUUAAGUUCAGGUGCUGGGUCUUCAUGGAGAGGUAUUGGUAAAGUUGCAUACUUCAUUAGGCUAGCACAAAGACCUGUCUAUGUCAAUGGAACACUUCACUGGAUACUUGAUGGUAGACAUGCUAACCCUUCUGAGUUGAUUGUCUGCUUUGAUCUCCAUACUGAGAAAUUCCAAGCAAUAUCACACCCAAGUUGUUACUCUGAAAACUCCUUAGAUCAAUAUAAACGACAGUUAAUGGGAUUAUUGCAUUUGAGAAACUCUCUAUGCCUAGUAGAACCAGAACCAAUGUUGCAGCUGAAUAUAUGGAUAAUGAAUCAAAGCAAUGGAAUUUGGGAGAAGCUGUUUUGUGUUGAUUGGGAAUCGAUGAAUUAUAAAAAUCCAUUGCCAUUUCCAAUAGCAGAACUCAAGGAUGGAACCUUUUUUGUUUACCAUUGUACGGGUAACCUGCAAAUAUAUUAUCCAGAGAGCAAAAGUUUUAGUGAAGCACUUUUAGGACAUGAAAGGAUGGUUCAGCCCUCUGCAUUUUUUGAAAGUUUAGUUCCUUUGUAUGGAGAGCCACUGGUGUAUUGAUCAAGUUAUAAUACUAAAGAUAUGUUAUUUUUAGUAUUAAUAGUAAUUUCAUUUUUAUUGGGUGGUGGAUCUCUCUUUUUUGAUUUUGGAAUUUCUAAUAAAUUUGAUUGGGAUUUU